GACACUGUCGUCGCCGUUCCAUCAUCUCUCUCGCCUGUUCACCCCCGCCAUGAGCCGGUACCUCGACCCCGAAGAGUCCACAAAGCCGUACAAGGAUCCGACGCCGUUGCCCGCGGAUGUCCCGAAGGUCAAGGAGCUCGGCGUGACGAGCGCCCCGCUCAAGAGCGCGGCGUUCUUCCUCGGGGCGUACUGCAAGGACUACAACGAGGACUUCAUGCUCUGCAAGUCUGAGAACCGGGAUCCCGCCCACUGUCUGAAGGAGGGCCGGCGGGUGACGCGCUGCGCGCAGGACCUUAUCACCAAGCUUCGGGAGAACUGCCUAGCGGAGUUCGAGAAGCACUGGAACUGCUUAGAGUACAAUAACCAGGAAUACUACCACUGCCGGAAGGACGAGCGCGUGCUGAACAAGUGUGUGUUCGAGAAGCUGGGCCUGACGAAGACCAUCCCUGGUACACCCGAGGGCAAAACACCCAUUCAUGAGGUCAAGAACCCUGUCUUCACUGGCGUCCAGAAGUAGACUUAUACUACCAAUACAUGCGCUGUAUUGCUCUGAUCCACACGCUAUCUUUGUAUCCGAAUGUCGCGCCGAUCUGAGUUUGACGGCAAAGCGGCAAGGUCACGGGCGAAGCGUCGGCGCAGUCCUCGACAGGCAAAAUGGAAAACCAGCUGCACACGAUGGCCGACUAGGUCGCGACGACGGAACGUGUGUGAGCACGCUACAUUGUACGGUAGAGAACCCGAAUGCACGACAUGUGAUGUGCUCUACGUCCUAGAAGGUCCGUCAAGCGAAGUCGACCUGCUCCCCCUCUCGGGGACCGACCUGCCCUCCUAGCUCGGCGGGCGUGGGCAAGCCCGUAUCGCGCUAUCAACCGCGGGUAUUGCGAAGGGGCAGCCAGUAAUUCCGCCGUAGAAGCGGAAGAAGUGAGGGUUGCUCAGGGGUCCGGUUGUGUGAACCUGAGGACAAAGUUCACGACAAUCGCCACCAGCAGUGCAACACACAGAAUGGUGGGGCCAACUCGGUCAUCGUACGGUCCGCGUCCACCACGGCGGAUGGAAGCGGCGCGCCAGUGGUAAGUCCAUAGAGCGUAUACCAUAACACCCAUAGCUGCAUGAGGCAGCACGAUGUUGAGACACGGAGUAUGAUGUCACACGACCCGAGAGGACUGACCGACGAAAGAGAACAUGGCCGCGCUGAUCUUCCCAACCUUGUCGCCAAAGUUGAGGAGGCCAACGGCAAGGCCUCCGAGGACUACGGUGAAGUGCAGCCAUGAGAGGAAGGUACGUUCGUUUGCGAACGCGACCUUGGGCUCGAUCUUGACGGGGAGGGCGAUGCGUUUUGCGGCGGUGCGCUGGAGGAGGGGCUGGGUGGACAUGACGGGAGAGGAUGAGGGAAGGAUGAGACGCGAGAAGGAGAAGGCACAGGGGCGAUGUGUGUG